AUCUGCGGCAGCUGCUCCAAAAGUUUGGCUUGUGUUGUAGUAAUUGCGGGCUGUUGUAGCUGUUGUGUGUUUCUGUUCAGUUUGCAUACCAAUUGUGGCUUACGAAGCUCAUUUACUACGAUUUAGUUGAUCUGUAAGAGCAUCAGGACGUAAGCUAACAGAAUGAAGUUCGCAAUGAGAUGCAUGAUGAUGGCACUGCUGCUAUUGGCCACAACCCAACUGACGAUAUCGGCACCUGCGGAGCCGCUGUUCGAGCUACAGGACAGUAGCGAGCCUGCCGAGCUGAAUCCCAUUAAUGCAGAGGAGGUGUUAGGCGCUGACCUUGAACGCAACAAAAGAAAACUACCCGAUGCGACAUUUGAGGCGAAAAAUGCCGUGCUCGGAUUUGUGUUUGGUAAGAUCGACAACUUUCUAGACACAAAGACUCGCGUGAUUGAGCAGCUGGAUCGAUCGAACAUUGAGAAGAAUAAGCAGUGGGACAUUAAGGCGCCGGUGCCAAUUAAGGACUUCCAGACUUUAAUCACAGCCGUCGUUUCGCCAAAGAUACGCUCAAUUGGCAAUAUUGCCAAUGAUCUGACGACUGGCGUAUUGACUACCAUAACUGCUUUUAGCGGCUCCUCAUCGGGCAAUGGAAAUGCCAAUGCAGGCUUGGGCAAUGUGGUGUCCAAGUUUUUAAGUUUUUCGGGGCCCAUAUUGCAGGGGUCGUCGGGCGGAGUGAAUGGCAUUGCAGGCGUCACAACACCUGCACCCGACUCCGAUGAGGCAGGCUAUUAAAUCAAUUGGCUAACUGGCUACCUAGCUGACAUUGGAUGACCUGGCCUGGAUCGCUCGAUUGUCCGUUCUACAAUAUGGUUUUAUAAUUUAUGUACAUCACACACUCUACAGGAGUGAACAGUCCUAAGUUUUCCUCUGAUGCUCGCACUCCUUCAUUGACAUUUAAACUUUGUAUGAUUUUUUGUUGUUGUUGUAGCUUAGACUUAAGAUUUAAUUUUGUUAAACGCUGUCAAUUUCUUUGUCGUCAGGGCAAUAUAUUAGUUUAAUUUUAUGCAACGCAUUGUACUCAUGUUUGUAAAUAUUGGCGCAUAUAUGUAUGUAAUGUU